AUGAAGUCCGCCAAUUCCCGUCACAAGGAGCGCAUGAGGUCCGCCAAUUCCCGUCACAAGGAGCGCAUGAAGUCCGCCAAUUCUGGCCACAAGGAGCGCAUGAGGUCCGCCAAUUCCCGUUACAAGGAGCGAAUGAAGGCCGCGCAUUCCCGCGACAUACUCGCGUCAGAAGAAGCUGGUAGAGGUGGCGGAAAAGAUGAUUCACGGGCAGCGGGUAGCGGCGCCGGCAAAGAUGAUUCAGAAGCAGGAUAUAAAGAUAAAUGUCGUAAAACUUUGCGUAAAGUCCGGAAGUCUAUCAAAAAGAUUUUCCGUCUUGGUAGUGAGUAUGACCGCAACUCUAGCAGCACUUCUGAGAGUUGCGGUUGUAGAAAUAUGGAAGACGUUAUCACUCACACUGCCGACUAUGCCAAAUACAUAACCAAAUGUCUCAAGCAUAUUGAGGAGAAUGCAGACCGGCUGAUUCAUUUUGGACCUCCCCCCAAAAAGCACCAUUCAGAACGUGACAAAAACGACAAUGCGCGUGAAGACGUGGAACAGAGUUCAAACGACACGUUUAGUGCAGGCAGUGAGGAUGGUACAGAGGAUCUUCCGCCUGAAGAAGACCAUAAUUCUUAG